UCUCCCUCUGUGUCCAACACCUACUCCAGAAAAGCUCUCAUCAUCAACAAUGACAACCGAGCCAGUGAUGACAACACCAACAACUAAUGCAACAACAUCAGCAACUAAUGCAACAACACCAGCAAAUAAUAUAACAACACCAGCAACUAAUGCAACAAUACCAGCAACUAAUAUAACAGCAAUACCAGCAACUAAUGCAACAACACCAGCAACUAAUUUAACAACAAUACUAGCAACUAAUGUAACAACACCAGCAAUACCAACAACUAAUGCAACAGAACCAGUAACUAAUGUAACAACAAUACCAGCAACUAAUAUAACAACACCAACAACUAAUGUAACAACAACACCAGCAACAUAUAUAACAACACCAGCAACUAAUGCAACAGCAACAACAACAACACCAGCAACUAAUAUAACAACAACACCAGCAACAACAACAACAGCAACAACAGCAUCAACAACAACAGUACCAAAAACAACAACAGCAUCAACAACAACAGCAUCAACAUUAAUUAUCUUUGUGACUAGAAAUGACAGUUUUAAAAUGAACUUGAAUUUUAGUGACAAAUAUAAUGACAAGAACAAUCAAGUGUACACAGAUGUUAAAGGCGCUAUUGAAGAUAGCUGUCACAAAGACUUGUCAAAUUAUUGUUCCAUGGACAGUCUACAGUUCAGAGCGGGAAGUACCAUCGCUGAUUACACCCUAAGAGCUCCUUCUAUUGUUGAUAACAAGGUUCAACAAGUAAAAGUGGGGAUUUUUAAUACUCUGGCUGAAAAAAACUACCCUGUGGAGUUUGUCAGCACAUCUGAUUUACCAGCUAAUUUAAGUAAAAUAUUUGUUGGUGCAGCAGUGAACAUUACAUGUGCCCCACCGCCUGGACUCAGUUUUGGAAAUGUUCAAACAGCAGCGUGGACCCAUAAUGGCAUCGACGUUAAUGCGAUGGAAUACACAGUCACUGAUGGAAGCUCAAUAUUAACUGUGAACACUUUUUAUCGAACUAAUGAUGGAAUGUAUGAAUGCAGGCUUCAAGGGAACAGAAGUUCAGUUUACAUUCAGAGCGGGACCUUCAGUGCCAUAUCAGCCCCUCUGGUCAAAGUGAAUCCAAUCAGCAUAACAGUGAAAUGUUCUUCUCCUGUAACACUGAAGUGUGAGGUCAACAGUCCAUAUACUGUGAAAUUUACAGACAAUGCAGUAUCAGGUCAACAAGAUACGUUCAAUGUUAAAGUUCCUGAUCAAUGUAAACCUGGGGAACCCAAAAUUUUCACCUGUGAAACCACUAAUACUAAUCCAGCAUAUAGACAAACAAUUACACUGAACUACAGCGAUGACCGUUUCAUAUGUGAAAGUGAUACAUAUGGUUCAGGGCCUGAAGGCUAUGUCAGUCAAGUGCUUUGCAAAGGAGACUAUGUUGGUGCAAUGACAGCAAAGUGUUUACAUGAUGGCUCAUAUGGAAAUCUGCAAAACAACUGUGUCCUGUCUCGUGUUAAUGAACUGCUUUCUCAGUCUAAGAAGUUGGAUGAAAUUACACUGCCAGGAUUCUUGGAGGAACUCAGCAAUGUGACUCAUAAUUAUACUAACGAAAUAGCCAAUUCUCCAGCCACCAUACAUGCCAUAGUUGAGAUCCUCCAAAAUAUUGCUGGGACAGCUUCAAAUUACUCUAUUACAAUAAGUGAAAAUUCUACAAAGCAUAUCCUGGAAACUACAGGGGUUCUCACUGUUGACAAAGCAAAGAAUUCAUGGAUAAUGAUCAACAAAAAUGAUAGCUUCAACAGCAAUCAAUCAAUAAGCAACACAAGUGUCAGCUCUUCACUGUUGAAUUCUUUUGAGACAAUUACAACCCGUGUUCUCAAUCAGUCUUUGAACAUUCCCACAACUUAUAUCAUCUUGAACAAAACCAUACUGAAUAACAGUUUCACUGGUAACUUUAAUUCCUCAGUCAAUGUUGACAUACCAGAGGUUGAUGGAAUAAAUAAGUUCAUAACUGUUAUAUUAUUUGAUUCAAUGGAUAAUGUGCUCCCUACAAAUUACAGCGGUUCAUCAGAUAAAAUCAUCAAUGGAAAGGUUGUACUUAUUAAGCCACAGGCCACCAUCAAUAAUAUCACACUAACAUUUGAGAUAACCAACACUACACUUGGAGACCCUAAAUGUGUUUUCUGGGACUUUGACCUUUCUAAAGGUCUUGGAGCUUGGAGCAACGAAGGCUGUUCGUUAGUAUUCAAUGUCAAUGAAACUGUCAGCUGCAACUGCAACCACACCACCUCAUUCUCUAUUCUAAUGUCACCAAACACUUAUAGAGACCCUGUACUGGACUUCAUAACCUACAUUGGAGUUGGCAUAUCCAUGGGUUCCUUGGUCAUAUGUCUCAUCAUUGAAGCAAUCAUUUGGAGAAAAAUAAGAAACAACUCCACUUCUUACCUGCGUCAUGUUUCCAUAAUUAACAUCGCUCUCUCUCUACUGGUUGCAGACAUUUGGUUUAUUGUUGGAGCUGCGAUUUCAGAUGCAACACAGAAAAACCCGUCAGCCUGUACAGCAGCAACGUUUUUUAUUCAUUUUUUCUACCUCGCUCUGUUCUUCUGGAUGUUAGCCUCAGCCCUGCUGUUGCUCUACCGCACACUCAGUGUUUUUGAUGGGGGACUGUCUAAAAUUACUAUGUUGAUUAUUGGAUUCUGUUUGGGAUAUGGUGCACCACUCAUCAUUGCAACAAUUACCAUAGCUGUAACUGCACCCUCAAAUGAAUACAUCCGAGAAAAUACUGUCUGCUGGCUCAACUGGAAUGAGUCCAAAGCCCUCCUGGCAUUUGUGAUUCCUGCACUUUUGAUUGUGGUGAUAAACCUUGUGAUCUUGUUUGUAGUGUUAUACAAAAUAUUAAGGAGAAAGGUUGGACGACAUGCUGCACAAGCCGGUGAGAAACAUGUCCUGGUGGUUAUUGCCAGAAGUUUGGCUGUGCUCACACCAUUUUUUGGAAUAACUUGGGGUUUGGGAGUUGGAAUCUUGGCAGACCCCACAAACAGAGGAAUCCAUAUUGCUUUCGCAUUCUUUAACUCAUUGCAGGGUUUCUUUAUUUUGGUGUUUGGAACACUGUUGGACAGCAAGGUGCGGUCAGGAUUAAUAAUUAAGUCACUGGCAUCCCAGGGUAGGACAAGGAGCACUAGUGCUGGGACCUCAUCCAGUGGUUGGGAAAAUUUGCUCCGGAAAUUCAAACGAGGAAGAGGUUCUACAGGUGGCUACAAUGUGAGCUCUAGUGGCUCUAGUGACUCAUUCUCCAACACUUGA